AUGCCUCGCAGCUUUUCUGUCGCAUCCUCUACUGGAUCGCGCCAUGGCACCAUCACUGAUUCAUCAUUCUUCGACUUCGACCCCGUCCGAGACGGCGCAGACCAAUCAUCUGGCAUAUUUGACCACCUCAACAAUACCACCGGCAGAGCUCCCUCCAUCCCUAUCCGUGACACCGCGAAGAAGGCAGGCCGAUGGUCUCCAACACCACCACGCGACAUCACCUUGAAUGCCUCCAGGGUCGGACGCGCUUUUCCAGGCUUUACCUCAGGGAACUUCGACGACUCGAUGAGCAUAGAGAAGCCCCGUGCCUACUCUCGGUUUCCCCCUCUUCCCAAGCUUCGAAACUUCAGCAUCAAAACAACAGAUGGAAAUCAAUCUGUCUUAGAUGAUAGACCAAUUGUCUCUAUCAGCACUAGCCCCGGCAAGUCAGCAACUAUCACAGUCCGACCAACAUCACCCAUAAUCGCCGCUCUCCAAAACUUCGCAGCGGAUACGCCGUCGGAUAUCGAGGCUCAAUUUAAGGCGGUUACAGAGCGAUACGCUGGCAAGUUUGCCCAGGAUACCAGAUUUCCUUCCGCUGGGGAUGCUACAAAAGACAGCAUCCAGGAUGCCACCAAGCAGGAUACUUCCUUCAGCAGGGAUAUCAGAUUUGCCCCCGCUGAGGAUGCUACACAAGGCAGCACACAGGAUGUCACCAAGCAGACUACUUCGUUUAGCAAGCGUCCUCAGGACUUCAAACCCAAGAAUACCAGAUUCGCCAAGCCCAACAUUUCUUCUCCAAUGAAACCAUAUACACAGCAGGGCCAGGUUCAUACCCGGGCAGCUCUUCAAAGGCAUGGUCCAGUCGCGCGUUUCAGUACCCCUCAGGAAGAAGAGGACAUACUUGCGAUGGUUGAAUCGUUGAAAGCCCAAGUCCUGGAUCUUGAGGCGAAGGUCGAGGAAUACCGCCAGGCACGCGACAAGGUCGUCGCGGAUCGCGAGAUGGGCAUGCGUAGCUCCUUGGCCACGAUCCUCGGGCUUCAAUCCGACUGCGAUCAUAAAUGCCGUUACAUCGAGGAACUGGAAUCCCGGAAUUCCGAACUGAUAACCCAAAAAUCCGUUUGGCAGGCGCGGUUGCAGAAGCUGGAGGAGGAUUUGAACGCAGAACGUGACGCUCGACUGCUCGGUGAUGCUCAAAAUGCGCAGCCCGUGCCGACGAACAAAGAGCUCGCGAGGACCAGAGAGCUCGUGACGAUCACAAAGCACGCGAAGAUCAAAGAGCAGCGAAGUCAAAGAUCUCGCGACGAUCAAAAAGCUCGCGCCGACGAUGAAAGAGCUCGCGAUGACCAGAGAGCUCGUGACGACCACCAGGCGCGCGAAGAUCAAAGAGCACGCGAUGACCAGAGAGUUCGUGAUGAUCACAAGGCCCGCGAAGAUCAAAGAGCACGCGAAGUCCAAAGAUCUCGCGACGAUCAAAGAGCUCGCGAUGUCUCCUUGGCACGUAAUAUCCCCAGACCCACUUCUCGAGGUACCCGGGCACCAGACGCCACCACCGCCUCCAAAUCCAACAGAUCAAGCCGUGACGUCCAAAAACUCGUCCCAGUAUCGAAGCGUGUCACCGAUCCGGAUGCCACUAUGCGCCCAUCUCUGGAGCCCGUCCGCGCCCUUGCGGAUGUGGUCAGAGGGGAAGAGAAGCAGCUCCGACGGUUGAAGGCAAAGCGUGCUGAGCUUCAAGCUCAGUACGAUGCCCACGACCCUUCAUACGGUAUGAGAAAGCGACAGUCCAUGAAGAAGGCAUUGGAUGAUCUCACGAUUGAGAUUGAGCAUCUGUGCAACAAGAUCUACCGAUUGUACGAUGUUGUCGAAGUCGUCCAUGACGACGAUACGACCCAGGGGCUUGUGUCUGGAGGAGAUGAUACGGAAGACUUGCCAUGGGACGGGAUUGAGGAGGAGUAG